CAUUACAGCAAAAUCAGUGCCACUUUUCAAAGGACCACUGCUGAGACGGAGGUUCAGCUCACAAACUCCUACUUCCUAAACACAAAAUGGCAAACAUUCUUUUUCUUGCAAUAUCUUUGCUAAUUUUGGGGGAUGUUGCCUUUUUACAUGCCUCAUUUCCACCCAGCCUUAUUGAGGACAUCGCAAAAAUCGUCAUGGACAAUUACUGCUCACCAGAGAAGCUUGUAGGGAUGAAGGAGGACAUUGCAGCAGCCACAAACAACACAGAGGUCCUCAACAUCCCAGACGGCGAGUUAUUGGCUAAUAUCCUAACCAGUGGAGUCCAAACUACCGUGAGCGAUCCACGGCUGCAGGUCUCCUAUGAGCCAAACUAUGUUCCUGUGGUCCGUCCAGAGCUGCCUCCUUUGCCCCCUGAACAGCUUGCUGCUGUUCUCCAGACAUCCAUAAAGCUAGAUGUCUUGGACGGUAACAUUGGCUACCUAAGAAUUGAUCACAUCCUUGGGGAGGAGGUUGCUGAGAAGGUUGGCCCGUUGCUUGUAGACUUAGUUUGGAAUAAAAUCUUGCCCACCUCAGCUCUGAUCUUUGACUUGCGUUACACUGGAAGCGGGGACCUCUCCGGCAUCCCCUACAUAGUCUCUUACUUCACCCAAGCUGAGCCUGUAAUUCACAUUGACAGCAUUUAUGACCGACCUUCGAACACCACCACCAAGCUGCUGUCUAUGUCAACACUGCUGGGAGAGAGAUACAGUAUAAACAAGCCCCUUUUUAUCCUCACAAGCAAAAACACAAAUGGCAUUGCUGAAGAUGUUGCCUUCUGCCUCAAGAACCUGAAAAGGGCCACUGUUGUUGGUGAGAAGACUGCUGGGGGCUCAGUGAAGGUUGAUAAACUUAAAGUGGGUAACACUGACUUCUACAUCACCCUGCCUACUGCAAAGUCCAUCAACCCCAUCACAGGCUUGACCUGGGAGCUCACAGGUGUGACCCCAGAUGUGGAAGUCGAUGCAGAGGAUGCCCUUGCUACCGCAAUUGCAAUCAUCAACCUCAGAGCUCAAGUGCCAGCCAUCAUUGAGGAAUCUGCAAGCUUGAUUGCCAACAAUUAUGCCUUUGAGAGUGUCGGGGCAGAUGUUGCAGAGAAGCUAAGAGACCUCCUGGCAAAAGGGGAAUUCAGCACCAUUAAUGAUAAAGACGGUCUCGAGACAAAGCUGUCAGCUGAUCUCCAAACCCUUUCUGGCGACAAAAGCCUAAAGACCACCAGCAACACCCCAGCCCUGCCACCAGUUGAUUAUUCUCCAGAGAUGUACAUUGAGCUGAUCAAAAUCUCCUUUCACUCUGAUGUUUUUGAAAACAACACUGGCUACCUGCGAUUUGACAUGUUUGGAGACUUUGAAGAAGUAAAGCCCAUCGCCCAGAUAAUUGUGGAGCAUGUCUGGAACAAAGUCCUAAACACAGACGCUAUGAUCAUUGAUCUCAGGAACAAUGUUGGUGGACCAACAACAGCCAUUGCAGGUUUUUGCUCUUACUUCUUUGAUGGAGACAAGCAGAUCCUUUUGGACAAACUGUAUGACAGACCCUCUGGAACCACCACUGAGCUGCUGACUCUCUCCGAACUCACUGGCGUAAGGUAUGGCUCUAAGAAAAGUCUCAUCAUCUUGACCAGCAAGGUUACAGCGGGCGCCGCGGAGGAGUUUGUUUACAUCAUGAAAAAGCAAGGCCGUGCUAUGAUAAUUGGAGAGACCACCGCCGGGGCUUCCCAUCCACCGAAGGUAUUCCCAGUUGGUGAGAGCAACAUCUUCCUUAGCAUCCCCACGGUCCAUUCCGACGCUUCGGCUGGGCCAACUUGGGAGGGAGUUGGUGUAAAACCCCACAUUCCUGCUGCAGCUGAGGCUGCCUUGGAGGUGGCAAAGGGCAUCCUUAACAAGCACCUUGAAGGCCAGCAGUAAACAGUGUGCUGUGAAGAUCUCUGUUUUAGUGUUUGCUUUGGCAAUUAAUUUUGUUCUUGUUUGUAAGAGCAAUGUAGAUUCAGUACAGACUGUAUUUUGUCCUUAAUUUUCAAAAUACUUCAGCCUUGUUGGUGUUUGUAAUGGAGAGGUUCAGUUGUAUGUAGGAUUAAAAACCUUUGCAACUCUAGAAGUGAGUCUUGCUGUUUGUGUAAGUAAGUGCAUGUUAUGCUUUUCCAACAUUUGUUGAUUCUUUGUUAUGCUGUGUCUCUUGGGAUGGCAGAUUCGACAAUCCAUUUUUACAUCUAAUAUUUCUACAUGAGAAGCCGUUCUGAGGAAGUAAAAUGCUGUUUUAUCCUAAAUACAGUGAAUUUCACAUCACAUGGACCUACUUGGGUUGUAUCAAUUCCAGAAGUGAGACCCAAUAAAACAUUGUUCAUAA